AUGAGCAACAACAGUAAUGACAUCUUCGAAGCAGCCGCUUCUGGCGAUCUAGAAUAUAUCAAAAAGAAUAUAAAGUCAAUCCAUAAUAAAAAUGAACGUGGCUGGACUCCUUUGCACUUUGCUGCCCGUUUCGGCCAGUUAGAAGUAGCUCAACUCUUGAAGCAGAACAAAGCUGAUCUCACCAUUGAAACGGAUGAUGGCAAAACUGCUAGCCAGUUGGCUACUCUAUGGGGCCAAGAACCCAUUGCUCAAUUAUUAUCAGUACCUGCUACCUCUUUAACGUCUGUAGAGGACAAAGCACCAACAACCUUUCCUUUUCCUGAUAAUUACGUAGCUGUAUUUUCUGGCAAUCCACUCAACAGGUUUGGUUGGAAGAGAACAGAUAACGGAUUUUUGUCACGUUUAGCACACUCCAAAAGAGCCAAAUACAUGAUCUUUAACAAUCAACAGACCAUUUAUACCGAAAAAGGCAAUAUUCAAUAUGUAGAGUACGACGAUGUCGCUUCUGUUGUGGAUCGCGUUUACAAGAAUGAAGAUGAUACUGCUUUAGAGAAUGUUACAGAAGUCAUUUUGGUAUUUUUGGGUUUGGACGAAAGUGAAGGGACAGGUGAAGAAGGUGGUAUUGCAUAUUGGGCACUUGAUUUGACACCCAAAAAAGGUGAAACUGAAGCUUUAUUCAGGUCUCUUAUUAAAGGCUUUGAAGCUAAAGGUUGGGCAUUUACAUCUACAUUGCCCCACGCUUAUGGAAUGGAAAAAUCCGAAACAGCCAUUAUUGCACAAGCAGCUUCCAUGAUUGAUUGGAAUGCUCGUAAUAAAUUCUGUGUAGCGUGCGGUGAGCGUACUGUCUUGUUAGAAGGUGGGUAUAAGCGCAGUUGUCCUGCUGGUAAUGCAUGCAUUAGCCACAAUAGUGUUCAAAAUUUCAACUAUCCCAGAACAGGUAUAGUUAGACAGCAAACAAUCAGUGGCGUGUGA